CUUUCUAUGAAUACUCCUCCCACCUCCCAUUUCCAGUUUCCUUUCUCUCUCCCUCCCAUCAAAUCUCUAUCUCUCUCUCUAUCCUCUGUUUUUGCAAAGCGUCGAAUAAAUACCCUUCAACCAAGGUGUUGUUGAUUUUGCAUACAGAUCUCGAUUUUUGAUCAAAAGAGUUUCGAGAUGAUGAAUCGGUGUGCAUAUCAACAGCAAAACAACAACAUCAACAACAACGCCUUGGUGAGGGGUGGAGAGAUGAUGAACGGCGUUGUUUGCCCUAAACCUCGUCGUUUGUGUCUAUUGAAUCCUUCCAUUAAAGAAUCCGUCAUUGCUGCCUCAUCUCCUCGAUGCCAGCACCACUAUCCCAUUCAUCAAACUGAGAUGUGUGAAUCAAAAGCCAGGACGGAGCUUCUGGAUAUGAUUCUGACGAAGGAAUGUUAUGGUGUUGAGAAAUCCAACAAUCUGAUACCAUCAUCACCUCCAUUCUUUUGUGGGUCUCCACCAAGUAGGGCAUCGAACCCAGUUGUCCAAGAUGCUCAGUUUGGUAACGAAAACCCAAGCCCGUUGUCACCUGCCUGUGAAACCUCGCCAUCUCCAUCACCUCGUAAGAAUGGAGGAAGCUGUGCCAGAGGAAAAUUCGGCCAAAAGCAUCCUGCAGUGAGGGUUGAAGGAUUCAACUGCCGAGGCAUCUCCGCUGUUGCUUAAAGAUCGAAAAACCAAUGAUCUUAGCAAGCAUCAGGUGAAUUUUGAUGAGAGAGAGAGAGAGGGGGGGCAUUUAUGUCUAGUUUUUUUUUUCUUUUUGUAUAUUUAGAGGCUAAAAACUUGUUUAUGAGAUGUGCCAUGGUUUGGGUCUUUAUAUCAGUUCAAGUGUGUAUAUGGUCUUUGAGUGUGUAGAGAAUAAAGAAGAGGACGAAAGGGUCAUUUCCUUGUGAUUGUAUUUGUGGGUAGUAGUUACUGUUUAGAGAGAGGUUGGAUGGAGGUGAAGGUGAGACUAUGAAGGGAGAGGGAAGGUUUACCAAUCUUGUCCUUCAAAUUGUAAUUUUGUUAAGAAGGCAAGGAGGAAACUGUCUUUUUCUAUUGC